AUGGAAGGUCGGAUGGAACCUUGCGUCGGCACCGUCGUGACGUGGUCCGUCUCUGCACGUCGCUCGACAGCCGGUGAUGGGAUGGAUCUCCACAUCGACACCGCCUUGACGCGCCCACCUUCGCCGACGGAGACCGCGGCUUACGGCGAAUUCGAGUCGCUCUCCACUACAACCCGAAUUCGUGGUCCCAUAGUGGAGUUCGGCCGUGCCACAACGGCACAUGGCAGCCCUAUUCAGGGAUGGCACUGCCAGCCCCCACGAGGGGAAGGGCCUAGAAAAGGUGGCCUAAACAUUGCUGGGUACCACGCCGUCUCCAGGCUAGCCAGGGCCGCAGACGUCUAAACAUGGUCGAAACAAUCAAAAUCGAAACAACAACAAUACUAAUAACAACAACAACAACAACAACAACAACAACAACAACAACAACAACAACAACCAUACUCAUUCUCCUCAUGCUACCUCCUCUUCCUCUACCUCGGUCUAUUCUUCUGCCUAUUCUUCUCCUUCGUCAUCUUCUUCUCCGUCUCCUUCCUGUCGCCCCACUCGUUGUCACCAGACUGGCAGGGUGAGCGCGCUCACUCUGGCAGCCUGGAAUGUUCGUUCCCUUUUAGACAAUCCGAGGAGCAACCGACCGGAGCGGAGGACAGCGCUAGUGGCACGAGAACUGGCGCGCUACAAGGUGGACAUCGCCGCACUCAGCGAGACCCGUUUCUCCGAACAAGGCCAACUGGAGGAGGUAGGUGCCGGCUACACCUUCUUCUGGAGCGGUCGACCCAGGGCAGAGCGACGAGACGCGGGCGUCGCCUUCGCCAUUCGGAACGACAUCGUGGGACGACUGCCCUGUUUGCCGCAGGGCAUCAACGAUCGCCUGAUGAGCCUCCGCCUGCCUCUCUGGGGAGGCAAAUUCGCCACCAUCGUCAGCGCCUACGCUCCGACGAUGACCAACCCCGACGCCGUCAGAGACAAAUUCUACGAGGACCUGCACGCCCUCUUGGCGAUUGUGUCGAAGGCGGACAAGUUGAUUGUCCUUGGCGACUUCAACGCCCGCGUCGGCACAGACCAUACUGCCUGGAGGGGAGAGCUGGGUCCUCACGGUCUCCGCGGCUCAAACGACAAUGGUCUGCUGCUUCUCCGCACCUGCGCAGAACACCGCCUCAUGCUGACGAACACGUUCUUCUGUCUGCCGGAGCGAGAGAAGGCCACCUGGAGGCAUCCUCGGUCGCGUCAGUGGCACCUGCUGGACUAUGUCCUCGUCCGGAGGCGAGAUCAGCGGGACGUGCUGGUGACGAAGGCGAUCGCGGGUGCUGACGGGUGGACCGACCAUCGCCUCGUCAUCUCGAAGAUGCGUAUUCGCCUACAGCCUCGCAGGAGACCACAAGGUAAGCGACCCCCAGGUAAGCUGAAUGUUGCCUUGUUGUCUUUGCCCGCUCAUCAUCUCCAUUUCAGCAAUGAGCUAGCUCAACGGCUAGACAACCUUCCUAUCGCUGCCGCCGACGACGCCGCCGCUGCCGAGAACGCCUCCGUGGAGAACCGCUGGUGUCAACUGCGAGACACGGUCCAGUCGACGGCGCUCGCCGUCCUCGGUCGCGCUCCCCGCCAACAUCAGGACUGGUUCGACGACAACGAUGUUGCCAUCAGAAAUCUGCUUGCCGAGAAGAAACGCCUACACAAAGCCUACGUAGAUCACCCCACUGAUGCCACCAAAGCUGCCUUCUACCGCAGUCGCCGCCAACUUCAGCAACGACUGCGCGAGAUGCAGGACGCCUGGACUGCUCGCAAAGCUGAGGAGAUCCAAGGGUACGCGGACCGCAACGAAUGGAAGAACUUCUUCUCUGCGAUCAAAGCUGUCUACGGUCCGCCGACGAAGGGCACUGCUCCUCUCCUCAGCGCCGACGGCAACACUCUCCUGACUGAGAAGACGCAAAUCCUGCAGCGAUGGGCCUAG